AUGUCCAAAGUUUUCGUUGGGAGCCUUCCUUGUCAUAUCGACUCGGACUCUCUGAGGCAAGAGUUCCAGAAAUUCGGAACCGUCACCGACGCGGCAGGCCGGGAAACUGGCCGCAGCCGCGGGUUUGGCUUCGUCACUUUUGCGGAUGAAGAGGGAUCAACCAAGGCAAUUUCGGAGGGCAAUGGAAUGGAGAUAAAUGGCCGGCGUCUUUCAGUCGUCCAGAGUGCUGAGCGUCCGAGAAACGACUACGGUCGACGAGGUGGGGGAAAUGACUUUGGUCGACGAGAUGAGAGGAACGACCGUGGAUACGGUGGAGGCGGACGAUCUGGAGGGUACUACUAG